CUUAAAAUGUAAACAAAUUGCUUAAUUACCGAUAGUUUAUCUCGUUUGAUUAAGAUUUUAUUUGUUCGUCUAAUUGUUGCCAUCAUCAUAAUUCAUUUGUUUUCAUUAAGUUAUCGUAAAUUCGUGAAGAUGAACAAUUUAUCUUAUGUUGUUCUAUCUUAUCUGUUGAUCUCCAUCGUUUUGGUAAACUGUCAAUUUGAUUGGCAAUCUCGUGAUUAUUUUGAUGUUAUCAAUGAACAAAUUACUAGAGUAAAUAAAGAUAAUUGUAAAAUAGUCGAUAUUAAUGACCUGUUCCUGCCAAAUUCAACUGUCACCCAUGUGCCUAACAUUAAAUGGCUCGGAACUGAUCCAGUUUUCCCCAAUCGCACUAAUCUCUUACAUGUUCAUAAUAUGGCCUUAAGCCGCGCUUUCUUUUACAGUUUCAUCCUUCAAAAAGCCAAUGAUGAUGUUGAACCUGGUUUUAUGUACUAUUUUUUAUCAUCAAUCGCCGAUGUUGCUGCCAAUCGAUUCAUUAAUGCCAGUUCCGUUUAUUAUGCUCCUGAUCGAGCCUUUACUCCGUCUUAUAAAGGAUUCUUUAAUAAGACAAUGCCACUUUUUGGUCCUCGCGCGUUUCGUGUUGACGAUUUCAAUGAUCCUUAUCACCUUUCAGGAACCUCAACUCUCAAUACAGUUGAAGCAAGUGAUUUGGGUGCAAUUAAAAUAAACUCUCAAAGUAACAAUUAUACUCACGAACAUUACAAAAUUAACAAAUGGUACAAUCUUUGGUUACCUGAUAAUACUGAACAUCAUGACUCUAAGACAACAUAUAUUGUUAAAAUCUUUCAUGCCAAUGGAUUCAAUGAAACUUUCACCUUCCAUGGGCCACCUCAUGCCUCUGAUAAUCCUGGUCCCGUUGCUUGGGCUCAACCCUAUUUUGAUUGUGAACGAUCAAAUAAAUGGGUCGCAUCGGCCACAUCUCCAAUCGUUGAUCUAAACCCAAGACACACCGGUUGGAGGCACAUUGAAUAUGCAAGAUAUGUUGCUGUUUCAGUGAUGGAAAUUGAUUUUGAACGAUUAGAUAUUAAUCAAUGCCCGAUUGGUGAAGGUAAUCCAAGGCCAAAUGCUUUCGCUGGUACAUCUCGUUGUAGAAAUGAAACAACCGAAUGUGAGCCAAUUCAUGGUUAUGGUUUUCGUCGAGGUGGAUAUCAAUGUCGAUGCCGGUCCGGGUUUAGAUUGCCAAAAAAUGUUCGAACACCAUAUCUAGGGGAGAUUAUCGAAAGAGCGACCAAUACAGAAUAUAAGAAAGGAUUUUCAUGCGAUAAAAUUGGUUACAUGGCGGUUCGAACUCAAAACGCUGAGGUUAUGGACUCUUUUUAUGCUAAAAUUUUACUUGGAACAUUGAAAACUCUAACUGGUCUCGGUAAAAAUUCAACUGAACGUUUGGAUCCAAACUCUUUCACCAAAUUUGUCCGACAUAAUGUGACACCAGAAAACUGUGAAUUUUACCAACGAACGGCACCUUAUCGAUUACAAUUACCUGGAGAUGUUGCUCAUGGUAAAGAGAUACAAUUUGAAAAUCAAGCUCGAAUGGCCCUUCGAUUGGCAAAUUUCAUCUCCGCUUUCUUACAAGUCGUCGAUCCAACAGUUUCCUAUGCCGAAUUCCGAGUUCCCGAUAAAUCUUUAACCGUUGAUCAAAUUGUCGGUGAAGUACUAAGCUUGGUGACCGGUGAUCUUAAACUACUUGGAGCUGGUGUAUUUUUUGAUCGUAAUCAAUUCAACAGUAAUCACACUUAUUUCGCACCUUAUGCUUGGCGACCUCGACGUGAACAACGUACCUUUUAUGUAGCCGAUUUGGCGAGUAAAAAGACUCGUUCCUCAGGACCAGAACCAGAUUAUGUUAAAAGUGAAGCAUUUACUUAUCUUCAGAAACGUUGGACCGGAAUAACUGAUCAACUUCAAACUUAUACAACAAAAAUUAACAUUCGUUACAAUUCAUCUGGAUUAAAUACAAUCAAGUACGAUCAAUAUCCAUUAAAUUAUCAAGCAGCCGAAUUGAAUCACGGAUACUGGUCUACACCUUAUUACGAUUGUAAUGGUUUCCAUAAGCGUUGGCUAAUCACUUACAGUUCACCUUUUUUUGGUUGGAACAAUUUAAGAAACAAAUUAAUCUUUAAAGGAAUCGUCUCGGUUCACAUGGAUCUCCUACAAUUAGACAUAAAUCAAUGUGAUAGUACCGGUAAUCCGGCAAAUGCCUUCGAGGGAACACAUAAAUGUGACCGAGAAUCAACUCGAUGUGUCCCAAUGUUUGGACGUAAAUACGAAUCCGGUGGAUACAAGUGUGAAUGUCGACAAGGAUACGAGUAUCCAUAUAGCGACCCGGUUACUUAUGUCGACGGACAAAAUUUAGAAUCAGAAUAUGAGAAUGUGGAUCGAGGUAAACCAAGCCGAAUGGAUCAAUUAAGAUGCCGAAUCGCCGGAGCGUCCAAUUUAACAAUUAACCAAUAUAACUUAUUGAUUACUCUCUUUUUCACCUUAAUUUUUGUGCGAAAUCACUUUUUCUAAUAAUUGCAAUAACUUUUAUGCCUUAAAUUGUGAAACAAUUUUCACAAUGUAAUGACCAAUCAAUUUGUCCAUGAUUAUGAUAACAUACAAUGUAAUAAUAAUCAGCGUGAAUUUGUGUUAAAUACAAUUAUGAAGAUUUUAAUUGCUCAUUGAAAUAUUGGUUACUAUCAAUGUAGAAAGAGUUGAUUGCUUGUGUUAGUUAAUAUUUAUAAUAUAUAUAAAUUGAUUUCUCAUUUUUCUAAAUUCAUCUUCAAUAUUGUAUCAAACACAAAUUUCAAGCUAAAAUGUUGA